UUACCUACAUAUUACCUCAUGUAAAGUUACCGAUGGAUAAACUGGUGACUGAUUUAGUAGUGGACAGUUUUAUAUCAAAAAUUGUUAACAUUCCUUCGUUUGAUCAGAGAAUUAGGGAUCUACUUGAUUUAGAAGACGUUCCAUGCAAUGAGAAGCUAACUGGAACAAGUGAUGUAACAGAAGAUUGUUCGCCGGGUAUCGCUGAAUCUCAGAUUUUACCAUCUCUGUCUUCAUUGAAAUUUGACCAGAAGGAAGAGGAAAAAGAUCAAAGCUUUAACAGGGGAGCUGCCAAAAGGAAAAACAGAGAUAGAUGUGAUACCAAUUCUAUAGAUACUGUAUCACAUUCUGGGGAAAGCUGUAGCGUCCAGCGUGGGAACAUGCCACCACCUUCAAAACAAUACCGACAAGGUCCUGAUGAUCAACAACAAUCUUUCGAUGCCGACAUAUCGAGUAUAAGCGAUAAACUUCUAUGUGAAACCAAGGUGAACACAGCAAUGCCUGCAUUAGAAAGUGUCUUCUGCUCUACCCCAGCGUUUGAAAGCAGUCUGAAGAAUGUCAUGCGUGAAUUUGCGUCUGGGCAGCAUCUGCAAACGGCAGCGAGUGGUUCUGUGCUUUCUGGAAGUUCUCAGUCCUGCAAAGAUGAGAUAUGUUCUCCAAUCUCAAUAUUUUCUAAAUUUGAUCAUUGCAAGAGCCUAGAUGCCGCUUAUAGUGAUCAUGAUACAGAUGACACAGUUGAUGUUAUAAAAAAACUGGUAAGAGCUCAAGCAAUGUAUUGUACAGAAACGCCAAAACCUGGCUGUGAAGAAUGGGUGGCUUUUCGCAAAAAGCAAGAGGACGAGUUCAGACGUAAACAGAGCAUUAUACCGAAGCCAAAUCUUCAAGAAACCGUGAAACUUAUGGCGAAUAACAUCGUUAUAUGCUGUGAGAAAGUUGUCAGAGAAUCUAAGAUGUUUUGCAAAAAAAUUCCAGGCUUUAAAAAUCUAGAUAUGGAGGACAAAAUAGCUUUAAUUAAAGAAUCUCGACAAGAAACGCAGAUACCUAGUUUGAUGCGAAGCUACCAUACAGAGAUGAAAAUCGCCUCUCCUGUGCCAGGCUAUAAUUUUAUUGUCGAGGAUGUGAUGCUUUUGAUGCCGGAAAAAGCAGAAGAUAUGUUUGAAUGUGUAAGGGAGCACGCGCAACGAGACAUAUGGCGAACUAUCACUGACGAAGAAGAGGCACUAUUAAAAGCCAUUGUUUUUACUGAUGCCGAUCGCUGUCCGACUUUAAAGAACAGGGAUAAAGUCAUCAGGUUACAUCGUCAUAUGAUUGCCUGUCUUGAACACUUUCUUAAAACGACGUUCAAGGAUGAUGCCCCAGCAAGAAAAAGAGAAAUAGACUAUAUGCUUCAGAGUUGCAGAUAUUUUAGUGUAAGCUUCCAUAAUUAUAUGAAGGAAAAACUUCUGCAAAUUGCUGGGCAUGCGCAGAAUCAGACUCUUAAUGAAGUGAUGUUGUAGGUAGAAGACACGAAUUCUCAUCAGCAACUACUUGUUCGCAACUUUCACUUUCAGAAAACACUUUAUGUCACGCAAAUCUUGUUAAACUUGUUAAAACUGGUAAAGUUGCACUGUAAAUCAUCGCGACACUGACUGAACAUUAGCUAACGUUUGAUUUUCCAAUCACGCAUAGUUUAUCAAAUAUUAUUAUAUUGAUUAUAUUAAUCAAUGAGAGUGUAGCGUAUAUAUGUAUGUCCAAGGUUUAUUUAUUUUUGUGAUAGUUUAUUACAUAGAGUCAAUACAUUUUAUUUAAUGUGAUUAUUCUCUCAAACUUGGUGUUUGAAAUUAUUUCUUGUCCAAUAGGAUUGCAGUAUUUCAAAUGAAUCGUGGUUAAUCUGCAAACUAUGGAAGCCUUGGAGGGUCACUUUUGAGUUUCGACUUAUAGAUUUAUUUUACUAUUUUCUUAUGACUUUUGAUUUAUGACUUUUGAUUUAUGACUUUUGAUUUUUGACUUAUGGAUUUUGUUAUUUCCCACGUGCUUGCCAUUAUAAUUAUAAUUUCCAAGGAAAAUAUGGUAGAAUAUGACAACGAUUCAGACGAGGUAAGUUCAUUUACCUAAGUUUCAUGGAGACUUAUUAAAAAAAAACAAAUGUGGGCUCAUAUGCAAGAACAGAAUGUUAUUCUUAUAUAAGCCUUUUAAAUUGAUUAAGAAAAGAAAAUACUUUGCUUGCAUUGCAUUGCAUUGGGUAUCCAUUUUUUUAUUUUGAUGUCCGGAAAAGGGAUAUAUAAUCUCAAAUUGACAUACAGCGUAUGAAUCAAACGCUUUAUUUUUUUAUAUGGGUUCCAGUUUUAAAUCCAAACCAGUCUCGCAUUGUUGUUUGCUGCAGUUACAAUCGGUUUUCACCCGUAGUUCAUUCUUCGUCCAUCUAAUAUUGAAUAUAGACC